ACUUCGGAGGAGUAUGGGAACGCCUCAUUAGGAUAGUCAGGAAAAUCAUGUAUUCUGUUCUGCAUGAACAAACGAUUCAUUUGGAUGAUGAGGGACUGUUAACCUUGUUUUGUGAAAUUGAAGCCAUCAUGACUGGACGACCUCUUACAGAAGCUUCAAAUGACUCAAAUGACCUUUGUGCACUAACGCCAAAUCAUAUACUACUCAUGCGAUCAGGAGAGAGUUUUCCCCCUGGAAUUUUCCAUGCAUCGGACAACUACGCAAAACGUCGAUGGAAACAGAUACAGUAUUUGGCUGAUGUGUUUUGGACGCGUUGGAUCAAAGAAUAUGUACCCCUUCUCCAACAGAGACAGAAGUGGCUGAAGCAGGAAAGAAACUUACAAGAAGGUGAUUUAGUUCUCAUCGUGGAAAACACUCCAAGAAACACAUGGAAUCUCGGCAGAGUGCUAGAAGUGAUAAAGGACAAGUAUGAUGUUGUGCGCGUUGCAAGGAAAAAGACAGUGUCUUCCAUUCUCACGCGACCAGUCACAAAGCUUUGUCUUCUUUUGGAAACAGAUUGUGAAAAAGAGAAAACAAAUCAGUGAACCUUCGUGCAGUUAAACGUAAAGUGAUUGAACUCAUUUUAGAUGAUUGUUUUGUCCAUUUUUGAUUUAUUAAGAAAUAUGUUUUUGUAAAAACACAUUUAGGGGCCGGUGUAAUGGACAACCUGUAUAUUUUAUUUCGAAUUCCAAUUUAGUCCGUAACUUUCGAUUUCUGUAUAUUCCAAAUUUAUCCGAAUGAUACUUUACUAUGAUGUUUACCAAAAAUGCAUGAGCGCCAUAUUCAGUGUAAAGUUGUGUUCUACAUGUUUUAACUGAAAGUUAUUGAAAGUACCAGACAUACAUCACGUCAAUCUAUGUCAGACACAUCGAAGGAUUUCUAUGUGAAUAUAAAUAAAGGACAUCGAAUUGAACCUGUACUGUCUUUGGUACU